AAAUCUUUAUCGAAGCCUUAUCCGUUAUUCAAAAAACUUGAAAUAUACAGACAAAGAAUACUUUUUGAACAGAGUGCAGGAGGAAUUCAGGAAAAAUCAGCAUGAAGAAAAACCAGACAUUAUAGAAUUCUGUUAUAAGAAAGGACAAGCUCUGCUGAAGUACAGACGAGUUGUAUGAUGCUACAGAGCUGGUCUAUGGUGAGGCGACUGGUUACCACAGUAGUCGUUCAGAUCAACAAGAAUAAACUAGACUACUCCCUGGUCCCUAAGUUGGUAGAAGAAGACUUGAAGGAACAGUUUGUAAGAGGGUCAGGUCCUGGUGGCCAAGCUACGAAUAGAACCAGCAACUGUGUAGUUCUCACUCACAAGCCUUCAGGUAUUGUAGUCAAGUGCCAUGAAACAAGGUCUCAGGAUCGAAAUCGGAAACUCGCCAGGGAACUUUUAGUCACCAAAUUGGACAACCUCAUUAAUGGAGACAAAUCCAUUGAAGCUCAAACCAAGGCACUGGAGAAGCUAAAGUCUGUCAAAGCUGAUCAAAAACGAAGAAAGCUUGCCAAGUUGAAAGAUAAAUGGAAAGAGCAAGAGGGCAUUACUUAACUUUGUACUAGGAACUUGGUUUUGUAAAUUCAUAAAUGGUUAUUUUCA